UCGCACGGGCGGGGUUGCACAGAUCGGCAUUCGAUAGGUAAACAAUCAUCAAGAUCGUCAAAAUUUCGACUCGCUCUUCAUGAAAUUAAAUUAAACAUUCAUAAAUGAAUAGAAUUUACUUAAUUUAGCGGGAUGUUCUCUGAAGCUAACAAAUCCAGAUGUUUUACCUUAAUGCUUGAUUAAAGCGUUUACAUUUUGGUGAAGUGCUUGAACAUUAGCGAUAUUCUGCUGAGAACAAUCGGAAACCUAUCGAAAUAUCGGUAUAUAUUUAAGUAAUUAAUUUAAUUCAAAGUAAGGGAAACAUCGUAAUUUAAUAUACGCAAUUUUAUUGCAUUUAUCAUAUUGCAAUGCAAUUGUUCCGAAUACCCUAAAGUGCUAUUAAUUUGAUGCUUUAACUGGAUGUAAAUGGACCGUUAAAGCUCUGCUCUGCUCGCCGAUGCCUGCGUUUAUCCAAAACCAAAAACCAGCCGCAGAGCAACGAACCCGCGACCGCCGAAACAUUUCAAAGACAAUCCACCAACAGCGGCAACACCGUCAACAGUCGGCCACACCACCAUCCAUUCACCAUUACCAUCACCAUCACCAACACCGUCGCCAACAGGACGAGGACCAGGACAAUGGAUCAACUCAAACUCAGACCUUGUAACUGCCUGACCGCACAUUCACUGACAGAGUGGGUGUGGGUGGAAUGUGGGUGGCUGUGGACCCUUCGUCUUCCCAGUUUUCAAAAAGGGUUGUCCGAAAAGGGUUGCCCCCGCACCCCGAUGCCUAUUGAGGAGGACUCGUGGAGCAAACGGUUUCGGCAUUUCCUUUUUGUUUCCGCCUGCAUCCUUUGGCCAAGACACGGACACCUUCCCAUUCCCCCCACGCUGCCACAAUGGAAAAUACAAUUUUCGCAAUCUUUGCUUAUCUUUUCAUCUCUCUGCGGCUGCCUCGUUUGCUGCACGAUUCGUUGUUGCUGCUGUUGGCCAUCCAGAAAAUCGGUAAAAAGCCAAGAUCCAGGGGCGUGGCUGAUACGAAGGCGGAGGAGCAGAAGAAUGUGUUGGCCGUGUAUCCUUUGUUUGUCGGCAGUGCCGGUAAUGCCGAGUUGGAGCAGUAAGCUCUAAGCAUCGGUUAUGGGCGAGGUUCGCUUGAAAAAUAUAAACUAUUUCCCAUCUGGCAAGUUAAUAUUUAGUACUUCAAAAAUUGGGAAACUAUACUUUAUGCUUUUACACGAUUUGAUCUAGAGUCUUUUUUAUGGUGGCCUUAAAGUUGAGUCCUUCAUAUUUAUUGAAAAUGGCGCCGUUCCAUUUUAUUUCCAAGUAAGAAAGAUAAUCAAGUGCACUUUUCAUGACUUACUAUCUUUAUUAUACUAUCAUAAAACUUAUAGCAUACUUAAUACUAAUACCAAUUAAAUUGAUCUGUGCGCAGAUAAUAUGAAGAUUCGUAACAAUUGUUAAAAAAGUCAUGAAAUGGAAUAUGUUAUAAAAAAUGAUGGUUAUUAUAGUGUAAGGACUUUUACUUCCUUAAUAUUUCUAUAAAUUUAAUGGCUAGUAUUAAGUCAUAACCCAUAGUGUACACUUACCCUAACGUUUUUAUUUUGGAAAUUUUUACUGGCCAUGAAAUCAUGGUGACAUCCUGAAAGUUGCCAAUCUCCCCUCGCCGUAAGUCAGUGUGCUCUUUGGGGUUUUUGUAUUUCUUAUUGCCGUUCGCCGUUUUAUUGUUGUCAUAAUGUGGUGGCCUGUUGCCGCUCGUCUGGCCUGUAUUCCCGUGUUUCUUGUAGUACUUUGGAGCUAUUGCCACUAUUGACUAGCUGCUGCCGCCCUCCGCUCCUUGCAUUUUCUCAUUUCUGCAUUUUUUAGUGCUUAAUGCCAGGACACGGACACAGAGCAGAAACUGCUGGGAAUCUGCCUGCUCGCCCAGAAUUUCCACUCCUUUACUGCAUUUUUUAUAGGCAACACACAAAGGUGUAUUUUAGUUGCCAUGAACAGGGAUUGCAUACAUUGUUCCUGUUCAGCGGGCUUUUGUCCGUGUUUCCUGGCUGCUCCAUGCGUCAAAUGAGGAUAUUCAAUUUGAACUUGAUAUGCAUUUUAUGUUGUUGCCCCCGGAGAAACUGGUUGCUCAACAAGCGUAUUGGAAAUCAGAGCAAUCAUCAUCCGAUGGGUCAAGGGUCUAAGGAUACGGCUUGGAUAUGAGCGAUGCAGCCGCAUUUACAUAUAAACUCGUAUUCAGCUUAUGCCUGGGAAUUAGAUAAUUCCACAGAAAGUAGUUUUUAUUGUAUGUAGAGCAAAACAAUUGCUAAAAAAAGCAAAACGAAUGAAGUUCACUGCAAAAGGGCUUGUAAAAUCAUAAUGAUAAUCAAACUUGAGAAUAUAUGUUUCAACAAUCUACGUUUAUUGAUUUGGCAGAUUUAUUAGGUUCUGAGAUGCAUUUAUUGGACGUCAGAGCAAAACGCCGCACUGAGUGCGAUGCAAAAUAAAUUAUUUACUCGAAUUACACCUGCUAUGCCCGCAAUUCACAAAGUCUCACGUUUCGACUGCAAUUUUGCCCUGCUCCUGCUCCUUCCACCGAAAAUGGGAUCCUGAAUGCCUUCGCCUAACAAUACGCACGCAAUUACCGCAGGACGAGCAGCCGAAAAGGGCGAAAACUUCAACUCCCAAACGCUUGACGAAAGUUUCACAGUUGUCCUGAUGACGACCAUGAUGAUGAUGAUGAUGAUGCUGGUGGCGAUGGCUAUGACGAUGGCGCUGGACAAACUUUUUCAGGGCUCUAAUUGCCCAAGUGGCUUUCGAGUUCGAGUUCGAGUCGAGCGUCGCCACGUAAUGGAGAAAGGAGCCCCAAACUUUUGCCCAAUUCAGCAGAACUGCGAGCACAACAUCUUCUUCUGCCGCUGGACAGGAUACCCCGCCUCCACUUCUAUUUCACUCACAAAAUGCACAAUCAAAGCUGACCGUUGGCGUUAUUAACGCAAAUGAAAGUGGUGCAAUGCCCCUACACCUGCGGCCAAAAUAGUAUUGAAUCUUACAUAGAACAUAACUGCAGCAAGGAACGAGAGAACUAGCUUCUUGCAAUUCAUUACUUUUAGCUUAAUUUGUAACUAUAAAUAAACUAUAAACUUAUGUUGGAAGGGAGCUGAGAAAUAAUUAGAAUAAAAAUGGAAAU